UUGUAACCUUCCUUUCUCAUGUGUUUCCUUAAUUUCUGAGUGUGUAUUUUUUUCCCUCAGAAUAAAGGAAGUAAGAAGAACACGAGAAGUUGGACAAAUUAUCAAAACAGCAAAAAUGGCAGCAGUGCCAAAUGAGUAUAUGGAGCCCAGCAUACAUUACACCGGCACAUCACAUGAAUCAAAAGAAACAUAUUCUGAAGAUUAUGCUACUAUACCAAUACAGCAAGACACUCAUGCCGAGCACCAAACUCUUUUUAAAGAAAAAACACCGGCCUCGGGCCCUAGGCUAAAGGGUGACUUUAAUACAAAGAGAAGGCAGCAUAAACCCUCUAUGAAUUCCAAGCUGAAAAUACGAAUAGCCACGUUUAUCAUUGUCAGUUUGAUCAUUUGCUUGUCCAUAAUCAGUACAAUGUUUGGACUUCAGAGAGAUGGAUAUAAUGAACAAAAGCAGCAAUUGAUCCGUUUGCAAAAUAUAACAGAUGAUCAAAAACAGUCACUUGAAGAAAAUGCGAACCGUUUUAAAAAUGUAACAAAAAAUAACGAGGAUCUGAAGAAGCGAGUGAAUCGUCUGAGCAGUCUUUCAGUUUCAAUCCACAAAAUUUCCACCAGAGGAAAGUCCACCUAUGUACUGUUACCAAUCAGCACGAAUUGGGAUUAUGCUCAGGUGUUAUGUUCUGAUAUUGGGGGUUCUUUAGCAGAAAUUGAAACUGAAGAGGAAUUCACGUCCUUAAACUACACUCUGCGUGUAGUUAAAAAAUUAAAAGCUGACUUAUGGAUUGGCGGUACGGAUAAAGAUAGAGAAGGUGUUUGGAAAUGGGCUUCUAGCAACACACCUAUAAAGUUAACGUUUUGGAGGCUGGGUGAACCAAACAAUUCUCAAAAUAAUGAACACUGUCUGGAAAUGCAAUUACAUAAUGGAUAUUUAUGGAAUGAUAAAAAUUGUGGAAGUGACCUAAGAUUUCUUUGUGAAAUUUUGCAGAAUAAUAAUUAAUUUUUUUCAACAUGUUUUUCCUUCAACGAAAAAUAUUUUUUGAGUUAGUAUAUUCUUUUUUAUUUACUCUUUUAUACAACAUAAUA